UGUGUUUGUUUAUUAUAGGCCAUGACAGUUUCAACAGACGCUAAACUUAAUCAGAAAACAUGACAGUCGGGUAUGAAACGUUGGAUGUCGGAGAACAGGCGUUGGUGUACAACCAUGCAGGCUCUGCGAGGAUAGAAGAUGGACCUAAAAGGCUGUUUCUAUGGCGAGAGAAGUUUGAGAAGCUGACACGAUAUGCUGCUGACCAAAAGCAGUACCUGGUGGUCACUUACAAGGAUGGACGUGUGGAACACAAGAAAGGGCCGUGCGUUAUGUUCAAGAAUCCUAUUGCACACAAGUCUAUCACAAUUAUAAACAUGAGAUCAUUAGACGCCAACGAGGCCCUUGUUGUUUACCGGAAGGAGGAAUUGUCGAAAGAAGUGACCAGAUACAUUCAGUUUGGUCCGACCCUUUUCACCCCUCAAGCAAGCGAGUGGUUACACAUGUUUUCCUGGCAUGGCACAGAUCCUGAAAACAAAACCAGACUGGUACCGGGCAUUCAGAAGUUUGAUGUUCUCAAGGUCAUUCCCGAUCAGUUAUAUUACAAUGUUGAUGAUGUCAGACUGAAGGAUGAUGCUGCCAUUAAAGUUAAACUCAUGCUGUGUUUUGAGUUGAAGGACAUAGACACAAUGUUGAAUGCCACUAAGGAUCCUAUAGCAGACUUCAUUAACUGUGUUUGUGCUGACGUGGUCGCCUUUGCAUCAUUGUAUACGUAUAUAGAAUUUAUGGAAAAAGCUGGACAACUGAAUGAUUUGGACAACUAUGUACAGUUGAUGGAGAGAAGUAAAACGAUUGGCUACACCAUCACCAAGGUGAUAUACCGUGGUUACCACGCCCACCCCAAACUUCAACAGCUUCAUGAUAACGCUGUGGAAACAAGGACCGUCCUCAAAAUCAAUUAUGAAGGAGAGGAGCAGAAACAGGUUCUCACUGACAUGAAGCUUGAGAGUGAGAAAUCUCGGAAAGAACUAGAACAAAAACUGGAAAUAGAUGCCUUGAAUCACAAAUUUACCAUGAAGAAGGCUGAAGUGAAGCAUAGCCUUGCCCUAGAGUAUACCAAGGCAGAGGAGAACAACAGACAAUGGAUCACAGACCAUGAAUGCCAACUCCAGGCUCAAUGUGCCAAGGACCAGCUGACUUGUGACCAUUACAGUAGUCUGAAAGGAGUUGGAGUCGACCUCAACACCUACUCUAAGAGCCUGAGUGGAAGACCCGAGAAAGUCGUCAAAAUAGUCGCAGAAAAGAAUGCUGCAAACUUCCAUCUUCACCACAGCUGAGAAUAUCCUCUUCAUCAUAGCUGAGAAUAUCGCCUUCAUCACAGCUGAGAAUAUCCUCUUCAUCACAGCUGAGAAUAUCCUCUUCAUCACAGCUGAGAAUAUCCUCUUCAUCACAGCUGAGAAUAUCCUCUUCAUCACAGCUGAGAAUAUCCUCUUCAUCACAGCUGAGAAUAUCCUCUUCAUCACAGCUGAGAAUAUCCUCUUCAUCACAGCUGAGCUGAGAAUAUCCUCUUCAUCACAGCUGAGAAUAUCCUCUUCAUCACAGCUGAGCUGAGAAUAUCCUCUUCAUCACAGGCGAGAAGAUCAUUGUGGCCAGGACUGAUCAAUAGAAUCUUUCCCCACCUUUUGGGUAAGACAGAAAAAUCUCAACCCAAGGGGCAAGAUUGUUAAAUGGUUAGCCCGAUGCUUUGCCGAGGGCCAGACUUUAUAGAAUCUUACCCUGAGAGUUGAGAUGUUUCUGUUUAACUCCAAUUUAAGUGUGGAUUGAUUUUUUUUCUCCCACCUCA